AUGCCACACAAGAAUAAAUUCAUCCCGCAUCAACUGUCAAUUAAGAAUGAAGAAGUUGAAAUGUCAUCUGGUGUGCUACGCCUCAUUCGCGAUGACGAUGAUGCCCGCGUUUGGUAUAAGAACAUUCAACGGUUCCCUUGCGCUUCUGUGCGAAUUAUGUUGAGGACCCCGAUGGGAUGGCCUACUCUUGCGCAAAAGGUCAAAGCAAGGCUCUACAGUGCUCUAGUAGAGGAUACUUUGCGUGAGAAUCUAUGGAAUGCUCAAAUCGCUGGGCUGACUGCCAGCAUUUCUGUUGGCAGUCUUGGGUUGGAGUUAUCCUUAUGGGGAUACACCGAGAAAAUGCAUGUACUUCUUGAGGAGAUAGUCUCCAUGAUGCGGAAACUGGUUAUUGUUCCGGAGCGCUUCGUGAUACUUAAGGAGUGUUUAACGCAAACCUACCGAGAUUCAGAUUACCAACUUCCUUUAGCUCAAGCAACCGACAUGAUGCGCUGUUUAUGCGAGGAAAAAGAAUGGAUGAAUGACGAAUAUGCAGCUGAGCUAGAACAUAUCGAAGCACACGACAUUAUGGCAUUUUUUCCACAGCUAUUCAAGGACAACCAUAUUGAGGUUUUAGCUCUUGGGGAUCUGACCAAAGAAGAAGCGUCCGCAAUGACAAAUAUUAUCACGAGUAGUUUGCAUAGCCGCUCUUUACCAGUGUUCCAAUGGGGUGUCCGAAGGGCCAUUAUGCUUCCGCCAGGCAGUAACUACAUAUAUGAGCGCCGGUUGACGGACCUAUCACAAGUGAACAGUUGCAUUGCAUACUAUCUAUAUAUUGGCGACAUGGUUGACGAUAUGUCACGGGCUAAUCUUCUUCUUUUGAUGGAGAUUUUUCAACAGCCGGCUUUAGCUCAGCUCUGUUCUAAGGAAAAGCUUGCAUAUGCUAUCGAAAGUAGAGCGCAUUGCUCUGCCACGACCAUAGGGUACCUAUUCGUUAUUCAGAGUGAACACUUAGCAUCCUAUCUAGAAGCUCGAAUUGACUCCUUCUUGGACUCAUUUACGAAGACACUGGUGGAUAUGUCUGAAGAGGAGUUUGAAUCUCAGAAAGAAAGAAUCGUCAGCAAGCUGGAGAAAAAACCUGGAAAUCUAGGUGAUGAGACAGCGCGCCUUUGGGAUCACAUCAAAUCCGAAGGAUUCGGACUCUGGAAUGAAACCGCCGCUGGUAUUAUAAGGGAUCUGUCCAAGCAGGACUUCAUUGACUUCUACUCUGAAUACAUUGACCCUAUGUCCGAGACACGUGCGAAACUAUCAAUUCAUCUAAACGCGCGCUCUGCUGGUACGGAUAAGAUGCCUGUAGCUAAAGCUGAGGGCACAGACGCGCCACACAUCCUGCCAACAGGAAGUAAUAGCACGGGGACUAUCAAUAAAAAGAACCCAAUCCACAUUUCCGACGUGCACCGUUUCAAGGCCGGGAUGCCGUUGGGGCCUGGGCCCAUAGACCGUGAUCGUAUCGAUCCGGCUCGCUUCUCGAAAUCAGCGGGAGUCAUGCGGGAGGGUACAGGAAAGUAG